AUGGCAGAAACAACAGCACCACCCCCCGCGGUCUCCCUCCCUCCAUCCAACAACAACACCAGCACCAGCACCGACAUCCCAGGGCAGCCGUUCUACGACCGCACCAAGCAGCACCUCAAAGAGCUGCUCCGACGGAAACAGAUCCUGGAGCGGAACCUGCAAGCCACGGAGGAACUCAUAUAUAAAAACGAGACGGAGUAUCUAGAGGAUACGCCCGCGGGGAAUAUCAUCAUUGGCUUUGAGGGGUAUACGAAAGGCACGGGGGCGGUGGUGGGUGCGGGACGGAGGAAGGGGAAUGUGGUGGAGGGGAAUAGGGUUUUUAGUCGGUGUAGUGUUUCUUUUGGGCCGGCUGUAGGUUUUCCUCUUUCGUUCUUGCUUGGUUCUUUUAUCUUGUUUGGUUUUGGUUCUGGUUUGGUUUUGGUUCUGGUUUGGGAGCAAUUGUGAGUAGUAGUGCUGAUCAAACUAUUCUCUACCCCAGGAUUCCCCAAGUAACACAGCGACUUCGACGCCUUUACCUGCGAACGUGCCGACGCCCAUAUCCACCAAUCUUGGAAGAGGAGAAGGCGGCUCGAGUCAAGCGACGCCGACGAGUGCGAGGUCCGUCUCGGGGAUGGGCAAGAGUGCUGGGAAGAAGAAUAAGAAGACUGGGGACGAUAGUGAUGGGGAGGGGAGUGCGGUGAAGAAGAUUAGGACGAAUUUUGGGGCGGUGAGAAAGUAG